AUGCUGAUAGCUAUUUUUCUGUUCGGUUGCGUCACAAAAAGUUUGGCUGAACCGUUGUACGAGUGUUCUGCUAAUGAGUGCCGCUUUGAGGUAAAACGGGAUGAAGUCGUCACGGAUGGAAAAUCAACAACAUUUGUUCUGACUGCUAAAGAUGGUCUAAUAAGUGUGAAGUUUUAUGGUUCGACUUUGCCUAUAGUUCCGACGUCGCUUUUCGAUGGUGAAAAUGGUAACAGAAUAAACGAAUUGACCGCAUCUGGAGCGGGUGUGUUAGCCAUACAUCCAGAUACAUUUGCCCAGGCGCAUGCGUUGCAAACGCUCAUCUUGGAUGAAAAUCUCAUCAAGGAACUGGACCGUAAUCCGUUUGCCAAUGCGAAAAAUUUGACAGCUAUCCGAAUUCAGGGCAAUCAGAUCGCUACUAUCGGUGAGUCCACCUUCCAAGGAUUAUCGAGGUUGGAAGAUAUUGAUUUGAGUAAAAACAAUAUACGAAAACUUCCGCCUAAGCUUUUCGAUGGCCUAAGAAAUCUGGGACGAUUAAUUUUAGCUGGAAAUCGGCUCAGGGAGCUGGAGGAUCAUCUGUUUGACGAUCUGCUAUCGUUAAAGAUACUUUCCGUGGCUAGAAAUGAUAUCGAAAAUCUCAGCAACAAUGCCUUCGUUGGUACGCCGCAGCUUAGAAUGCUCUAUUUGCGGGGCAAUCGGAUCGCUUCGAUCGACCCGGAAGUGUUCAAACCAUUGGUAAAGUUGAAGUCUAUGUUUUUGGACUCUAACAAUCUGAAGACUCUCUCACCGGAAACAUUCUUAUCGCUCAGUAUACUGGUUUUAUUAAAUUUGUCGAAUAAUUUGAUGCAGGAGUUGCCCAAAGAAUUGUUCCGGGACACCAUUAGCCUUAAAUGGUUAAAAUUGAACAAUAACUGCAUUACUCAUCUUGAUCCUGGCACUUUCAAGACAUUGAGAAGCUUAGAAACAUUGAAUUUGCAGUACAACCGGUUACAAACAUUACAUGAAGCAUUAUUUAACAGCUUGCGCAAGUUGGAUUACUUGCAAUUGGAGAACAAUGGUCUACGUCACAUCAAACCCGGCACAUUUGAUCAUUUAACGAAGCUGAGUACACUGAACCUAGGAAAUAACGGCAUAUCUUCAAUAGAUGACGGCACGUUCCGGAAACUCGAAUCCGUUGUCAUACUUAAGCUGAGCAACAAUCAUAUCAAAGAUUUAACAAACCGUACUCUGGAAGGAUUGAAACAUCUGUGGGUACUUGAAUUGGAUGGUAACGAAAUCAGGACGAUCGAUGAGGGUGCCUUGGGCGCGCAAAAACAAUUGGGAACUAUAACACUCAAGGGAAACAAGCUGAGUCAUGUCCCUUCCGAAGCAUUCAACUGUUUGAACAAGUUGGAAGACCUCAACCUCAGCGGGAAUCGUCUGCAAAACAUUUCGUUGUCGAUCGUCAGGCUAUUAGAACUUGACCUGUCCAACAAUCGGUUCCGCAACCUAUCGGAAAAUCUUUUUCUGGGAGUGAGGAGUCUUAGAGAACUGAAUAUGGAUAAUAAUCAUCUGGAGGCCAUCCCGAAAGGAAUAACGAAAUUGUCGUCACUGAGAACAUUGUCGCUGAGAAACAACAAAAUCAACUCAACCUCUGUUGAUAACGAAUGGGGGGCUGUGUCUCGACUCUACCUGUCAAAUAACGAGAUUGAACAUAUUUCCCUAGCACAAUAUCCACUCUUGAUAGAAUUGGACCUCGAAAAGAACCGGAUUGCGAACAUCCAAGAGGAUACAUUUGCUGGAACCAAAUUCCUGCGCGAAUUGAAUUUAGCGGAGAAUCGACUAACUGGAUCAUUAGAAAGCCGCUUCGUACAUGGAAUGAGGAGCCUCCGAUUGGACGGAAAUCCUCUAAAUCGUAUUACAAAUGGCUCGUUUGAAAUGUUAAAUCAUGAAACAAAGUUGUUGUCGCUGAAAAACACAGGCCUGAGCAGUCUCGGUAACGAUUCUAUUGCAUUCCUAUCCAUACUGGAAACUCUGGAUCUGUCUGGAAACGCAAUUUCCCAAGUGGGACGAAAUAAUUUGGAUGGCAUUGAGGAGUUGACAAGAUUCUAUUUAAACGACAAUAAGGGAGUGAGCAUUGAAGAUUUGAGCGGUUUAAAUAAGUUCAAUCAACUGGAGGAACUUUCGAUUUCUGCGGAUAGUUGGAUUGUUCCCAAUCAUUUUCUGAGCAAUAAAACAUCACUCAAGAAGCUGUACAUGCAGGGCUCCCGAUUUUCCAGCUUACCAGCAGAUUUCUUCCAGGCGUGUUCUAUCUCGUUAGAAGUUUUAACGAUAUCAAACAACAGCGACCUGUCAACGCUUCCCACACAUUUCUUCAAAGAUGUCCCAUGGCUCCAGAAGCUGACGCUAUCAAACAACAACCUGACCACGUUGGAGCCGAAAGUAUUUGAUCCUGUGUUUAACCUGAAAUAUUUGGAUCUUUCCAACAAUCCGUUGAAAACGUUAGACAAAGAUUUGUUCCAGGAAACCAGCAGACUCGCGACUCUGAAGCUACAAAAUAUAAAGGUUACUAAGCUUUCGAUCGGCAUUUUUGAUAGUCUUGACCAACUGGUCACCCUGGAUCUGAGCAGUAAUCAACUAUCCACAUUGCCAAAUGGAAUCUUCCAUAAUCUGUUCUCUCUAGAAAGCCUUUCCUUGGAGAACAAUGCCAUCGAACAGUUGGACCCUGCCGUUUUCGAGGGAGCUUUGCGGUUGAAGAGUAUCUUCCUCGCCCACAACAAGUUAAGCACUCUACACCCUCGCCUCUUCAGCAACUUGUUGCAGUUUGACACACUUAAUCUGGGUUACAACAAGUUCGUGAGCUUCGACCUGACGACCACAGACUUCCAGGACACACUGAAAACCCUCAACAUAGAUGGGAAUGGCCUUACAUCGCUGAAAAUCUCACCAACCCUUGAGAUUUUAUCAGCAGCUGACAACCAACUGUCCGCGAUCGAAGUUAAUCGAACAAGCGGCUCAUCCAGCGCUCUCACCCAGCUUUCCGCCCAACGCAAUCGGUUCAACAGCUUUAACAAUUUUGUGCAGUUUAAAUCUCUGGUCGAUCUGGAUGUCUCCUUCAACGACUUUAGCGAGCUGGACAUUGGCACUAUCUCUACGAAGCUGCAGGAUCUUCGCAAGCUGAACGUAUCGAACAGUCGCGUACAACAGAUAAAAUCGGAUGGAAUCAACACUCAAGAGAAUCUUACCCAUCUGGACAUUUCGAACAACAAUCUUACGAGCCUGGAAUUGAAAGCAUUCGAAAAGUUCUCUUCGCUGGAGCACUUUAUCUUCACUGGAAACUAA